AGCGAGAGAGAGCAAGAACGUUAUAAGGGGCGGAAGAUGCUAUAUAGGCCUACAAUAGGGCUGAGCAGAGAGAUGUGAAUUUCGCGAGUCAUCACGGAUCCCCGUUGUCCGUUAUUACACUUUGGACCAAUGGUUCGCCGCUUACAGCAGGCUCGUCCCCCGUCAAUCCCGCCCCCCUCCUUGAGCUGUCCUCCCUGUGCACGCGCGUGGACCCCCCCAGGUCGCGAGGAGGAGGAGGAGGAGGAGGGAUGAGGCGCGCGGAGGGGAAAUGGCUGCCGAAAACAAGCCGGAAGGACUGAAGAGGGCAAGAAAUCCUGAGCGAAUGAUCAGGGUCGCCGUUGGUUACACAGGACACGCCCCUCCCAAGAGUGAUGACACAGACGCCAACAGUGAGCCUGGUCAGCUGAAGAUCUACCUUCCAAAGAAACUUCUGGAAUGUCUGCCCAAGUGCUCCUCCCUGCCCAAGGAGCGCCACCGCUGGAACACGAACGAGGAGAUUGCUGCCUAUCUCAUCACUUUUGAGAAACAUGAGGAAUGGCUGACGACAUCACCAAAAACAAGGCCCCAGAAUGGCUCCAUGAUCCUGUACAACCGUAAGAAGGUGAAGUACAGGAAGGAUGGCUACUGCUGGAAGAAGAGGAAGGAUGGGAAGACCACCAGGGAGGACCACAUGAAGCUCAAAGUGCAGGGAGUGGAGUGUCUGUAUGGCUGCUACGUCCACUCCUCCAUCAUCCCUACCUUCCAUCGCAGAUGCUAUUGGCUGUUGCAGAACCCUGACAUCGUGCUGGUGCACUACCUGAACGUGCCGGCGGUGGACGACAGCGGGAAGCCCUGCGGCCCGGUCCUCUGCUCCAUCAACACAGACAGGAAGGAGUGGGCCAAGUGGAGCAAGGAGGAGCUCAUUGGCCAACUCAAACCCAUGUGUGCGGGGAGCAGUCUGCACCAGAAGUGUUCCAGCGUGAAGCAGCGCAUCAUCUCCUCCAAGCAGGAGCCAGGUGCCGGGGCCACGGCCGGGACGGGGGCGGGGCCCAGGGGCGGCGCGGCAGAUGGCAGCGAGGUGCAGAACAGCGACGUCUCCGAGGGCCAGACGGACCCCAGCCCUGGGGAGCCAGGGGCCGCGGGCGGGGGAGGAGGAGUGGGAGGAGGAGGAGGAGGAGGAGGAGAGAGGAGGAACGGCAGGAUAGCCAAGCCCUCCCUCCUCCCUCAGAGCAGCAUGGAGGUCUCCUCGUCCACCUCCGCGUCCACCUCCACCAAUCAGGUGGAGGUGCCCGACACCACCCAGAGCUCCCCGCUGUCCAUCGCCAGCGACCUGGCCGACAGCCCCGCCCUGGCCAUCGGCGCCGGCCUCUCGCAGAACGCCGCCGUGUUCAUGUCCGAGGUCACCACGCUGACCGGGGACUCGGUGUACUCGGCGGGACACACCCACCUGCUGGCCUCCCCCCACGACAACAGCCCCGCUGGGAUCCUGCUGGCCGUCACCCCGGACAACCAGAGGUUUGCCUCCUUCGCCGGUGCAGUGGGGCUGGGGGAAGGCGGGGAGCUGGUGCUGUCCAGCUCCCUGGACACCGGGGGCGGGGUCAACCUGCCCGAGACCACCAUGAACUUCGACCCCGACUGUUUCCUCAACAACCCCAAGCAGGGCCAGACCUACGGCGGUGGCGGGGGUAAGAACGAGGGCUGUAACGGGGAGGAUGUGGGGCUCCACUGCCCCGCCAACGGCUACGUGUACAACGCCGCGCUCGUCAACAACAUCAAGACGGAGGUCCCCGGCCUGGAGCAGCCGCUGGCGUCCCAGAGCGGCUACGUGGGGGAGGGCACCGGCCUCAGCCCCAGCACCACCCUGGAGCAGAUGGACUUCAGCGCCGUGAUGUCGUCAGCCUGCGUCCAGAACCUGACCCAACCCACGCACCACCCCUCUCCCAGCCUCUUCCUCCAGGCCUCCCCGCAGGCCAGCCAGCCCUCCCAAUCCCAGACCAACGGCUCAGACACGGGCUCAGGCGAGGCCCAGGCUUACCGAGGCCUGCCCUCGGUGCAAGCAGCCUCUCCCGUCACCAACGGGGACCCACACACACACCUCCGCCAGGCCAGCCCCGAGCAGCAGGCCCUGUGUGGUAGGAACGGGUCGGCUGUGGCCUCCUUCCCCCUGAAGCAACAGGACGCUACGAUAGAACAGACUGCCAGAAGGGGGCACCAGGAGGGGCUGGACAAGGGCCCCGAGAGCAGGGGCGAGGCACUACUGAAGCCUGGGGAUCCACACGCGGCCUACGCUGCAGUCAACGGGGAACACUAUCUGCAGCCCACAGAUGACAGCGGAGGAGGUGGGGAGGGAGGUGGGGGUGGUGGGGGUGUGGAGAGUGAGAUCCUUUGCAACGGCGUGAGCUUGUCGGGGACCAACGGCUCAGUGGUGGCCAGUCCUCAGUCGAUAUCGGCCAGCGGCUGCAUGGACGGGGGGCUCUACGGCGCCGCCAUGCCCCAGCCGGGGGGAGGCGGAGGGGGAGUGUCGGCCUCGUCGGCCGGGGCGGGGGGCGCCAUCAGCCUGGAGGGCUUCGAGGCGUCGUUUGGCAGCCAGUUCUCCGACCUCAUCAACGAUUUCAUUUCGGUGGAGGGGUCCGGCGGAGGGGUGGGCGCGGCCGUCACAGGGGUGCUGAUGCCCCAGGAGGGGACAGCGGGGGAGGAGCCAGGCCCCGGGGCCGCCCCACUGCAGGGCUCCGGGGUGGAGCAGGGCGCCAUGGGGAUGCUCCAGGACACCGGGAGGCUGUUCAGUGUGACAGAUUACUCACCUGAGUGGUCCUACCCAGAGGGCGGGGUGAAGGUGCUGAUCACAGGGCCCUGGCUGGAGAGCAGCAGCGAGUACAGCUGUCUGUUCGACCACAUCAGCGUCCCCGCAGCCCUCAUCCAGCCGGGUGUGCUGCGCUGCUACUGCCCAGCCCAUGACACUGGGCUGGUGAUGCUGCAGGUGGCCAUGGGCGGCGAGGUCAUCUCUUCCUCAGUGGUGUUUGAAUAUAAAGCCCGAGAUCUUCCUGCACUGCCUUCCUCCCAGCACGACUGGUUGUCCCUGGACGAUACCCAGUUCAGAAUGUCUAUUCUGGAGCGUCUGGAGCAGAUGGAACAGAGGAUGGCUGAGAUAUCUAAUCAGAAUCCUGGAUCAGAAACCAUGGCAGCCAAGGGAAGAGGAGCAGAGGGAGGAGGAGGAGCAGCAGGCACUGAUCAACCAUCUCAGCUCACUGCAGAACAGGGGUCAUUCGAGGGCCGCGUGGUGGUGGUUUGUGAGAAGAUGAUGGCUCAGCCGUGCUGGGUCUCGUCCAAUCAGCUUGUGCACAGCAAGAGCUCCAGAGGAAUGACCUUACUGCACCUGGCCGCCGCACAGGGCUACGCCGGGCUCAUUCAGACCCUCAUACGCUGGCGCAACAAACAUGCUGACAGCAUAGACCUGGAGCUGGAGGUGGACCCUCUCAACGUGGACCACUUCUCCUGCACCCCACUGAUGUGGGCGUGUGCACUGGGUCACACUGAAGCAGCCGUGGUGCUCUACCAGUGGGACUCCAGAGCCCUGGGUAUACCUGAUUCGCUGGGCCGCCUGCCACUCAACAUCGCCCGCUCACGGGGCCACACCAGAUUGGCUGAUCUUCUGGAGCAACUUCAACAGGCUCCUCACACUCUCAGUCAACCUGCCGAAAGUUGGAUUCACAGGUGGAGCGGCGAAUCACAGCCCAGCAGUCUAGGUGACACAUCCGCCGGGAACUCUAAUCAAGAGCCAGGGAAGGCACGGAGUGAGAGCCAGACAGACAGCCAUACCCCCAGCUGGAACCAGUCACCGGCCACCACCGGGCAACGGCCCAGACCCGGGGGGUCCCCUCCUGCUAAGAGACUCAAGCCCAGCCCAGACACCCAGCACCAGCUAGCCCAAUCAGCCCCCGCCUCCAACACACUGCGCCCGGCGCCCCCCAGACCCUCGCCCAUGCCAACUGUCAGCCCCGUCUUCUUCCCCAAUACCUCGGGCCCCGGCCGCCCCCAAGCGGCCCCCAGCGCCCCACUCCCCCACCUGCAGGCCAGGAUAGGGGGGUCUGGACUGGGCACCAGGUGGAGCCUGAGACAGGCCCUGGGCCGACGCAGCCUGGCCAGGAGCAUUCGGGGAAAAGAGAGAUUGGCCAUUCACCUCCGCCAGAGAAUAUUGUCAGACAGAGGGGAGGAGUCUGAACUGCUGACCUAUCAGGACAGUCCAGAGGAUUUGCAGGCGGAUAUCAUGAUGCUGGCUGACCACAUCAUGGAAGUUUCACCGGACAGGAUGAAGCAGGAGUCCUCGGUUACCAUGGAGACCGACGCAGCCAUGGAGGGGAUCAACAGUUUGUUGGCUGGUUACCUUGGCGAUAUUGAAAGGUUCCUUCACGUCAAGCCCCAGACUCAAUGCCCCAGGUUCAACCUUCUCUCAGGGCCGGAGUUUCAGGAAAGUCCCCAGGCUAAGCAAGGCCUGGCCUCCCCUUCGGACUGGGCCUCUGCCCUGUGUGCAGCUACGAAAGAGGGGAGGCUGAAGGCCGACUCGUCCCGUCUAGCCAUGAGCGAGGCAGAGCGGAGAGAACUGCAUGAGGCCAUUAGGCAUGCUCUACAAAACCUCAGAAGACACAAGGGUACCAUUCAGGAACAACGCAAAGAGAUCGCAACAGUGAUCCAGCGCUGUUACAAGAAAUACAAACAGUAUGCACUUUAUAAGAGGAUGACCCUGGCAGCCAUUUUGAUCCAGAGCCGUUUCCGGAGUUUCCAUGAGCAGAGGAAGUUCCAGCAGAGCCGAAGAGCUGCAGUCCUCAUCCAGCAAUACUAUCGCUCCUACAGACACUCGCUGAGCAGCCUCCUCACUAAGAGACAGAACCAGGCUGCCCGCAAGAUCCUGAGGUUUCUGCUACGGUGCCGUCACAGGGCCAGAGAACAGAGAAAGGCCAGGGGUCCUGAGGGCCUUACACGAGGCCCCGCCCACCACCCCCUCAGCCACUGAUGUAACUCCUCCCUUUCCUCUCCAUCCUCCUCCUCCUCUCUUCUACAUUCUCACUCCCCCCUUCUCUCCCCUCCACAAUUUCCCUUCCUCCUCAACUUCUCUACACCAAGAGUGACAACAAACUCUUCCCAGACGGACUGAGGACAAGACAGGUGUCCAUCUUGGCAGCUCUGACAGACUGAUGGGUGGAGCCCAUCAAAGCAUCCCCUCCUUCUAUCCCGCCGCCUCCGGCUCCCCUACUUCCCUCCUCCUGCUCUUGCUCCCACUCCACAAUGUCGCUGGGAGGCCAUCGCAUUAAGAAAAAUAUAAAAACAACCUCAUGGCAUCUUUGCACUCUUCAUGGGUAUGGUAAGUCUCUAGUGCCAGUCAGCGAGCCUAAAGUGUUUGGAUACGUCAGACGAUACGAACUCCCACCGUGGAUCACCAUAGAGCUGGGAGGAGGAGGGAGAGGGAGGGGCCGGGGGGCUGGAGGUGGAUGCUGCACAGACAUGGAGGAGGGAACAAAACCUGGUGCGUUUGGUAUCCGAAACGUGAUCCACGUAAGGAUGAGGAAGAAAAAAACAUAAACCAAAUAUCACUUCCAUGUUGCAUUUGCAUGCAGGAUCUUUAUUUUUCUGCUUACUCCUUCUCUCCUCAUCACACGUUAAGAGCAAUCACAGCAAAAAGAAAAACCCUGUUUGCUGACAUUUAUGACAUUAAUCCCCCCCCGUCCCCCCUGCCAGCCACUUCGACUUUACAGGCUUACCAGCCUGUUAAUCAGUCACCCAGUAAAAAAAAAAAGAACACACACCGGAUGAACUACACUUGAAUGUAAGAGGGACAUUGUCAGAUAUUGGUCGGGGUCUGAAUUACGAUGUCUUAAUUUGUUACAUGGACUUUGUAUGGAGUCGUUCCCGGAGGCCGCACUUUGCUGGCCUGAUGUGGUGUGUCCGUGUUUGUUGAAUCCAAUGCAUGUGUUUGAGCUAGGAGCUCCUGCAUGCUUGCCAAACUGCUUUAGUGUCGUUUCUUUUUUGUAUUUCUCUGUGUAGUUGUGUCUUCACUUAUGUCCUCAUCAAACUUAUCCUUGCCCUGUGUAAUGUGAACUGUGUAAGGGGAAAAAAUGACUUAUUUUAAUUUUUUAAGUUCUUUAUUUUUCUUUAUUUAUUUUAAACCUCAUUAUUUAUUUAAUGGUCUAAUUAUUUGGCCUCGAGAACGGUUGACGCUUGAUUCUCUCUUUCACUCCUUGUGUGGUUAAAAAUGUGACAUGUUCCCAAAACAGUUAAACUUUGUCUAUGUUAGUUUGUGUUCUUCGCGUGAACCUCGAAAGGCCUCGGAUUUUCGAGGGGAGUGUCAGAUGCCAUUGCCUUGACUUCUCCCAAUCUCUGGGAGGUCUCUAUGCUUGCUCUGUAGAGGACGGGUCCGACACCUGCGCCCCCUUCACAGGGAAUGGGUCCCCAUACGAGCCCACGUGGGCCCAUCAAAUCCAUAUUUUGGACUAUUGCAUAUUCCUGUAUAUAAACUGACGAGGUAAGGGGCUAAUGAAAACCCUGAAUCUUUUUUCAUAAGAGGACUGUAUUUAAGAUUAUAAAUUAUUUUACUCCCAUUAUGAGAACUUAAGACAACGACCUGGGUAAACAUGACGACUGUAUUGCUUGUAAAUAAUGUAGAUAUUACAAACCGAGUCAUGUGCAUGAGAUUUAAGACAAAGAAACAGCAACAAGAGCAUCUUAGUGGCUAAAGGACUGAGAUGAUUUUAACUGCUUCACUUUAAGAGUAUCCAAUAUAAGUGUUACUGAAAAUAACAUUUUCUUUAAGCAUGCAAUUGAAAAAUGUUAGAAAUAUAAGUGGGAAAAACAAAGUUAGCUGAAACAAUUAUCUUUCAAAAGAGAACAUUUACACUUUGUGCUUUUGUUUCUUAGCUAGCAAAAGCGAAAUCCCUUUUGCCAGUGGUGCCAACUACUUUGAAUGCUAUUUUGCCUAAUAAUAUGUUAUAUUUGGGAAAAAAGUAAACCCAAAAUAUCAGAACAUUUUAGAUCCACGGAGGCAAUACAAACAGAGCAUAACACAUGUAGAAGAUCUAGAACUAGUUCAUCUGUAAAGACCUUUAAAAUAUUAGCUUUUAGAGGUCAAGCUUGAUGAUGGUGAUGGUGGUGAUGGUGAUGAUGAUGAUGAUGAUGACAUGAUGAUUAUGCUGAAUUUUGUGAAUGCAAUGACAGAUCACAGUUACAGGUAAGAAGGCACUGUGUAUAAUGAAAUAGGGUUAUUUUACAGUAAAAUAUUGGAUUUUGAGGAGAUCGCCAUAAGACAGACAGUUUGGGCCUCCAGCCAAAGCUUUCAGUUGAAUCUAGAAUGUUCUUUCUCCCUCUUUCCGUUCCCCUUUUAUUUUGGUCUCCUCAUCCUACUGCCAUUGUAUGAUCCGUACCCUAUAAUUCUAGACAGCUCUGUUUAGAAAGUGCCUGCUCACUAACGUAAAGGAGAUAAGAUAAUAUCAGGAACCAUCUGUUGUAUGUACUCUUAAAGGUUAAAAAAAUGAC